AAACUGUUUUGUACUUAUAUUAAGUGUGUACAUUAAACACACGUUUUUUUAUUCACGAAUCUGUCUCACGAUCGAUUUAAUAGCAGUAAGUGUGCUAUUUAAAUAUAAGUCAAGUUAUCAACUUUAUUUCAUUGGCUAAGCCAGCCAGGCUUUGGACGAUUUUCAAAUAUUAUACCACUUUCUCAAAGUGCUAUCGAAGGGCAGAGAAGUAGAGUAUUGAGUAAUUUUUGAAACGUCUGACGAGAACCUAGAAGUAUCAACAAUCGUGAAGACCUGGAGGUUCGUACGAACUUGUGGCCGAAUAUAAAAGGAGGAUUUUUCUUAUUCGGAAAAAUUGUAAAAGAUCUAAACAAAGAAGGAAAGAUGACUACAAAAGGAAUGAAAAAUCUUAAAGAAAGAAAGUUGAUUAUCAUCAUCGCAGGAUGCAUCUUUUCAUUAUUGACAUUUCUAUCAGUGGUAAAAUAUAUCACAAACCGUUCCAGCCAUGUAGAGGUUAACAGGAUUGAACAUUUUCUCAACAAAGACAUUAUAGUAAUAAGAAACAAAAGAGAUGUGGACAAUGAUGUCACUUUAGAUAACGGCGAGCCAGAUAUUAAUACUAAUACGGAGGACAAAAGCGAUAAAAACCAUGAUAUUAAGAUAGAUAAAAAUUUGGACAAGUUCAGAUAUACUGAUGUUAAUACAGCUGACGAUUUGUUUGGGUAUAUAGCUGUGGGACAGGGAUAUGAGCAUUGUAUGGAAUUAUAUUUCAUUCAUAGUAAUGAGGUGGAAAUAGAAGUUAAAAUAGAGUCGAAAACCAAUUUUGUUAAAAUGCAAGGAUUUUAUAGGUCUAAUAACAUAACCAAGACUUUUGAAUGUAAUAUACUGAUUAGAGCUUUUUGGUCAUUAUUUAUAAAAGGUAAUGAUUCAACAAUCUGGUCAGGAGAUGUUAAUAAUGAUAUGUCAAGGUCUGGAAAAAUAUUUUAUCCAGUAGACCAGUAUUAUUACCUUUUUCAAUGUUUUGUAAAAAUAUUAGACCCAGAACAUCUAAAUAUAAUUGGAGAUGAAAAAGGAGACAUUGUAAGAAAAUGGGAUUUUAGAGUAAUAAGAAAAUCUACUCAGUUACGAGUCAAAAUUAGCAUUACUGUGGUAGAUAUUAUUGUUCCAGAGAUAAAAGUGUCACCACAGUCUUUAAAAGUCAUUGAAGAUGAAGAUGGAUUGAAUUUGAUGUGUAGUACUCAGAUAUAUUUACCUCAAAAUUCAUUGUUAACUUGGAAAAGGAAUGGUGAGUUUUUGGGUAGUUUUUUCCACAGUACAACUAAUAUAAUUCACAAAGGAAUUUUUGGUAAUGUGAAUUGGAUCAAUGAUAAAUUUAUUUAUCAUCAAUCAGGUGUAUCUUUAAAUGAUACUGGUAUAUAUGAGUGCUGCAUAUUAAUAGAAGGCUAUCCCUUGAAAUGUGCUAAUGCAAGUAUAAUUGUCAUGUCCCCAGGGAAAACUCCAUGUGUUGGUAAAAACAGUGUUUUUGCUAAUCCCUUCCAGAUUAACCAUUUACAAAUCCAGAGCUCUAUUGAGAGAAGGAACAUUCGUCAUUAUAUUGUGGAACUUUAA